AUUAAUUGUCCCGUUUCAAGUCCGCUAGUUCAUGCCUUCCAAAUUUUCAGAACAGAUCUCAUGAAAUUUCAGGAGAUGGAGGCGCAAGCCGCCCAAAGGGAGAAGCGGAACAUCCGGAGGCUUGACUCCAUAGUUCCAACAGCAGGAAAGGAAGGAUCUGCCAUACAGUUUAACCUAUACAAAGGCCGUGGAGUUGCUGUAUUUACAUCUGGAGGCGACUCUCAAGGUAUGAAUAGUGCUGUACGAUCAGUCGUCCGUAUGGGUAUCUAUCUCGGCUGCAAAGUGUUCUUCAUCAAUGAGGGUUAUCAGGGCAUGGUAGAUGGAGGAGACAAUAUCGUCGAAGCUAAUUGGAAUUCCGUAUCUGAUAUUAUACAAAAGGGUGGAACGAUUAUUGGCUCAGCCCGAUGUUCCGACUUCCGCAAACGAGAGGGGCGUCUAAAGGUGAAAGCUCUAAAAACUUUACGAUUUCAUCAGUUGUUCAUGCCAUUGUUGAGAAGCAGUUUGAAAAUUUGGUUUUCGAUUUCUGCUAGAAUUGCUGCACUUAACUUGAUCGAAAAAGGCAUUACGAAUCUGGUGUGCAUUGGUGGUGAUGGUACGCUUACUGGUGCGAAUCAGUUCCGUAAAGACUGGCCGGGCUUGGUCAAAGAGCUGGUCGAUACGGGAAAGAUUAGCCCGGAAACUGCUGCCAAAAAUCCAAAUAUCCAGAUUGUUGGUCUAGUUGGAUCCAUUGACAAUGAUUUUUGUGGAACUGAUAUGACCAUCGGAACGGAUAGUGCGCUACAGCGUAUCAUUGAAUCAAUAGAUGCCGUGAGCGCAACUGCUCAAAGUCACCAGCGUUCAUUCGUGGUUGAGGUAAUUAUGACAAAAUCAUUUGGGUAG